AUGGCAUUCUAUAGGAGGCCUGAGAUGGAUGAUCUGGUGUUUACCAAGAGCCUGAUAGAAGAGAUGAACCAGGUGGACAUGAGGGCUGAAUGUUUCCCUCUAUGUCACCGUCGGGAGUUGUAUGUUGAGGUCAUCAACACUGCCCCCAAAGAUGUCUGCAACUCGAACAUCAUUGCCUCCGACGACAACACAUCUUCAUGUUAUGUUGGUGCAUCAUGGGAAGUGGUGCCAGUCAAGUGUGUGUCAUGUUACACAGGCCUACCACAACAGUACGCGUAUCCAUACGCGGCACAUACACAAGAAUUGACCUUUAACCUUGCCGCAGGGAUGAAGCUGAAGAUGGAAGUGGCAGGAGACACAACUCCACCCAACGGUGUCUGGAUGGUAACCCUGACCGAGGACAUCGUGUAUGUGUUUUCUUUGAGAUGGGGCACUACCCCAACUGUAGCCAUCUUCAACACCUGGCACGGUGGAGUAUAUGGAGCAGAGGAAAGACUGUAUGGUCUGUCAGUGAACAACAUCAGCAGCUACAGUAUUGAAAUCCACAUCAGUCAGUCUACCUUCGAGACCUAUGUCGACGGAACUCUGUGGAUGACCAACCAGAUGCGUCUCCCGUUCAUUGAUGUCCGACGUGUAAAUGUUGAAGGCACUGCGGAGUUUCCACAUUGGCUAUGA